CAACUGCCAGUUCCAUAUAAUAAAACAACAAACGGUGGUACAACAGCAAUCCCAUUACCAGCAACUGUUCUUGUUACAAGAAGAACACCCGAUAAGCGAUCUUUGCCUGUUCCCAAUGGACAGUCUGGAAUAGCAAAAUAUCCAUCGGGAACGCCAUCAUCUGAAAACAGUCGACCAAAUAGUCCACCAGACUUUAAAAGUGGCAUCAGGUUUCAAGGUAAUUGCAAAAUCCCACCGAGUCCCUACAACGUGCAAGGAAACAAUGGAAAUUUAUCAAGUAAUGAGAUUGUACAAGCUCCACAGCAACAGCAGCCACAACAGCAACCGAAUGGCACUACAAAGCAUUCGAUGUUAGACAAGUUGAAGCUUUUCAACAAAGAUAAAGAUCGCUCAAAGUCUCACACAUCAAAGCGCACGAGUUCAAGCAGCGGCUUCUCAUCAGCACGCAGUGACUCGAGUUUAAGUUUAAACAACGAUUCAAAUUUACCAGCACCGUCUAAAGGUAAAAAGAAUGAGACAACAACAAAUGUUAAAUCAACAUCGAAAGCAUCGAAACUUUUAUCGUCAAAGUCUGGAAAAGAACAAACAAGUUCAGGUCUUCCACCACCAUCGGUCAUUAAAUCGUCAACAUCAAAAGGCGAAAAGAAGGAAAAAGUUAAAUCUGUGGAAAUAAAUGUUGAGAACCCUUCGGGAUCAUUGAAGCUUCAAAAAGGUCCAACAGUAAAGUUCCAGCAGUCACCACAGACCAUGAAUCAACACAUAAAACAACAAAAUCAACAGCAACAAGCUGUACGAAAGGUCGAAAUUAGAACUGAGAUGAAGACCGGCUUGGUUCCUCCACAAGUUCAACCGAAAGCAAUAAUACAACCUGUCACCAGCAUCCCCAAGCCUAUGGCUGCAAUUAAAGGAACAACAAAGCAAGUUGAGUUUAAGAAAGACGAACAUUUUGACGUCAUUAAGACAGAUGGAAAAGUAAAUGGCGAACAAAAGAUGCAAGUUGUCAAUCCACUCAGCAUGAGUCCAUUACAUAAUCAAUUACUUAAUCAACAAAACGGCACGAACACGUCAAUGUCAGACUCGAUACACUCGACUUCAACAAAUAAUCAUUCGCAUUCAAAUUCAAGCGAAUCGAGCGUCAUUUAUCGACCUGACUCGGGUUCAGAAUUUUAUCAUUCGAACGUGCCGAUGCAACAUCGCAAUCCCAUACCAAAUCGGAAAUUGGAUCACUUUAAUGAUCCGUUACUAACAAAUGGACAUAAAUUCAACACGAUCCCAUCGAAAAUGAACGGACACGGUGGUAGUGGAAGUCAAAUGGCAACAACGAUUUUCGAAGAAGACAAGCAGCAUGGUGGUUCGACGGUUCCAUUACGAUCGAUAAUGCGAAACUUCAACAAUCAUGUGACGCUUCCAACUCGUGGUUCAAGAAGUGGACAACAUUUAGUGAAUGGUUAUUACGAAGAGAACGGUCAGGGAUAUUGUAGCGAUGGUGACGCUUUACGGAAAAAUCCGAUUCGUUACACAGAUGUUGAGAAUGGCUACUUGUCCGAAGGUGGAGGGGUCACAAAUCCCCACUUUAUGAGCAUCUUCCGGAAUCGACCACAACUUCCGACAACAAUCGAAGAACGAUGCAGAAGUGGCAAAGAAGGAAAUCUCGAAAGUCCCGAAAUGGAUCAGAAUAAUGGACAAUGUUGGAGUCAUGAAAGUAAUCAACAAAGGAUGGUGUCAUCGACACACUCAAGACGAAAUGGAAUCCCAAAGACUCGAACAAAAGGAGUCCCACAAAAUUUUGGAUACAUUAAGCGAACUAAUGGAAGUUCAACAGCGACAGAAAUGCAAACAAAUGCAAUGAUAUCUGGAGGAAGAACAGCUCAUGUUUCAGCAGUUCCCAGGGGAAAUAAAAUAAAAGUAUCUGGUGGAACUCAGACGACAAAUGGAGAUUUUCAAUCAAAAGCAAAUGUUCAGUACAAAAGUUAUUCAUUGACUGGUCAAGGCGCUGCUCAACUCAGUCAAUCAGUCAAAGAAAGGUUUGGAACGGGAACCAAUAGUUUACCCAAAUCCGGUUUAGAUAUGCAUGUCUUUCAUGCUAGAAUGGCAAAUCGUGGUGCGACUAGAAUUACUGAUGGUAGUCUCUCUGACACUUAUUCCGACAUUAAAGAUUAUAGUUCCUAUUCGAUGUGGUUGAAGCAUAGCAACACAUCAAGUAGAUUGUCAGAUGGCGGUGAAUCAGUCGAUAGUGCUACAAUCAUAGCUAGAAAUCAAAGAUUGAUUCAGCACAGAAAUUCGACUCAAUCACCGGGUCUUAAACUCAAUAGAAGCAACAGUAUCAGAUCAACAAAGUCAGAAAAACUUUACCCAACGAUGUUAAGUCGUGGUCCAGAAAUUGAAACUGAACCGUAUUAUUGCUUGCCAGUGAGUGGAUCAGUGUGGAGUCAACCAACAUCGCCAACUCCACGAAGUCUUGUUGGGCUUCUCUCACCUACACACACCAACCACAGACUAAUCCAUCAAAAGAAAAAUGAUGAAGCUCACAGCAGUCAAAUAUCAUUAAUGUCUGGAGGGUCGUCGAUGUAUGGUUCAACAACUGAAGAACAACGUCAAGUCAAUGAAGUACGUCGUCUCAAACGUGAGUUGACGGACGCACGUGAACAAGUUAUGAGUUUAUCAAGUCAACUGUCAACAAACGUAAGUAGAGAAAUUUCUGUUUACAUUCCAAUUGCUUUCCUGAAUGAAAUUCUCAUUCUGAGUUGUGUUUUUGUCAAGUUUUCAUCAAUAUUAACAAGUUAG